AUGCUGCUUGGUAUUAGAUUUCAGGCCCUAAUCUCGGUCGAAACAGCUCUUGUAAGCCACUUCAAGCUAUCUCCUAGAGAGGGCCUGAUUUUGUUCACUAUAACAGCCGCUUUUGCAUUAUCUUCUGGCACCAUCGGUGCUGCAUUGUCAUCUAGUUUAUCCAAGACGCGAUCUGUCGCCCUUUCGUAUGGCACAGUGCUUCAUCCGACACCCACAAUUCUCCACGAGCCUGCGCACCGGCUCGGUGCAAAGAUUAUCAACCACCUCUGGGAGAAUUGGGGUGAAGAUGCAGGCGGCCUGCGCAACGGCGAGGUGGAUCUGUACAACAUCAACAUCCCCAUGAUUCACGGUCUCCUUAGCGAAGAGAAUCUGAAGAUAUGCUGGACACGGAUCUGGCGGAAUUCGUAUGGGCGACUUUUCAAAGCGCACAUAUCCCGAGAGGCUGCUGCAUCCGCAUCUGAAGCUAUGUCUCCCGCUGGGCCCGAUUCGUCUGACGGCAACUCCGGAGGCAAGAGCCCGGACAGUGCAGUUGCUCCUUCUGACCGCCCGAUUUCGAGGAACGUAGGGACAUUAUCAUUCAGGUUUGCCCCCGACAUGACCAAUCUCAUCAAUCCGCCCUUGUCAAGUUUACCCGUGGGUUCCGACGGGUGGGCAAUUGCACAAGGGUGGGUCAGUGUGACACCGAUCCGAGCGAGUUUCGCCGAGCCGGGUGAGGAGUGCAAUCUCCAAUCCGAUGGCAAUGUAGAAGACAGGGUGUGGAAAUUCAAGUUAUGA